CGCGAUGAGAGAGGGCGUGCGUCUCUGUGGUUAUAAAGUUGGGGGUGGAGUGGCCGGGAGAUGAUGGCUGAUGAAGAGGAAGAAGUCAAGCCGAUCUUGCAGAAAUUGCAGGAACUAGUGGAUCAGCUCUAUUCAUUUCGAGACUGCUAUUUUGAGACACAUAGUGUUGAGGAUGCUGGGAGGAAGCAACAGGAUGUGCGGAAGGAGAUGGAGAAGACCCUACAGCAGAUGGAAGAAGUAGUGGGUUCUGUCCAGGGCAAGGCGCAAGUUCUGAUGCUAACUGGGAAAGCACUGAAUGUGACUCCUGACUAUAGCCCUAAGGCUGAGGAGCUUCUGUCAAAGGCUGUGAAGCUGGAGCCCAAGCUGGUGGAAGCCUGGAACCAGCUGGGUGAGGUGUACUGGAAAAAAGGGGAUAUUGCAGCUGCCCACACCUGCUUCUCAGGAGCCCUUACCCAUUGCAGGAACAAAGUCUCCUUACAAAACCUAUCAAUGGUGCUUCGCCAGCUGCGGACUGGCACUGAAGAUGAACAUUCUCACCAUGUCAUGGACAGUGUCCGACAGGCUAAGCUGGCUGUUCAGAUGGAUGUCCAUGAUGGCCGCUCCUGGUAUAUCCUUGGGAAUGCAUAUCUUUCCCUUUACUUCUCUACUGGCCAGAACCCAAAGAUCUCCCAGCAAGCCCUCAGUGCCUAUGCCCAAGCAGAGAAGGUUGACAGAAAAGCUUCUAGCAAUCCUGACCUUCAUUUGAACAGGGCGACGUUGCAUAAAUAUGAAGAGAGUUAUGGGGAGGCCCUGGAGGGCUUCUCUCGGGCUGCCGCCCUGGACCCUGCCUGGCCAGAGCCCCGGCAACGAGAGCAACAACUUCUGGAAUUUCUGGAUAGAUUAACCAGCCUCCUUGAGAGUAAGGGAAAGGUGAAGACCAAAAAGCUGCAGAGCAUGCUGGGAAGCUUGCGCCCAGCCCAUCUAGGCCCUUGCAGUGAUGGGCACUACCAGUCAGCCUCUGGGCAGAAAGUGACCCUGGAGCUCAAGCCACUGAGUACGCUUCAGCCUGGGGUGAACAGCGGUGCCGUCAUCCUGGGAAAGGUGGUGUUUAGCCUUACCACAGAAGAGAAAGUCCCCUUUACAUUUGGCCUGGUAGAUUCAGAUGGACCUUGCUAUGCAGUGAUGGUGUACAAUAUAGUGCAGAGCUGGGGAGUGCUCAUUGGAGACUCUGUAGCCAUCCCUGAGCCUAACCUGCGUCUUCACCAAAUUCAGCACAAAGGAAAGGACUAUUCCUUUUCCAGUGUUCGAGUGGAGACGCCCCUCCUGCUGGUGGUGAAUGGGAAGCCUCAGGGAUCCAGCAGCCAGGCUGUUGCUACAGUGGCAUCGCGACCACAGUGUGAAUGACCUUCUUUGACUUGUAUGCUCAACAGGGACUGGAGGAGAGGGGACAAGGCCCUGUGCAGUUGGUCCAGCCACAUCCAGUGAUUCAGCAGGAAUGGGAGGAAUGUUUUAAAUGAACUUUCCUUUUCCCUGCCUCUAUUACACUUUGUAUCUCUUCUCUCUCCUCUGUCCUCAUCAUGUUCCAGCUCUCUCCAGGGCCACCUACUCUUCUGGCAUAUCUCUCCUGUCUCUUCCACUGCUCUCUAUGUUUUAAGCAAAGAGCAUGGAAUUGGUAGAAGUCUUGGGAUCUUGCCAUGGGACAGAGUCCCCAAGGUUCCUGUUGUUGCCUCCGUCCUAAGCCUCGUAUGUAUAUAUCAGUUCAGUAUUUAUUGCUAAAGGAGGGGGCUUGAUUUUAUAAUGGCUUUGUUUUUAGCUAUUUUUAUUGUUAUUUUUAAAAUUUAGGUUCUUCCUCUUCUUUGGGGCUGGAACAGAAUAAACUUGUUUGGAAAAAAAAAAAUA